AUGACCGAAGAUGACAUCGCUUUUCGCCGAAAGCGGCGGCGAAAAGGAGGAGGACACGGGACAAGAACAGUCUUUGUUUUCGUCUCUUUCCUUUCUUUUCUUCUCUUCGUCUUCCUCCUUUUUGCGUCUGCUUCUGUUCAUGCGGUACACGCAAAAUCCAAUCCCGAAGAGAAGAAGAAAGAGUCCGACGCGGUGGACUCGAGACGACGACUGACGACUGACGACGAAAACGAAAACGGGCGACUUUUGAAUAAAACAGCGAGAGAACUCGCGCGCGACGUGUACGCGAAGAGACGCGCGAGGACGAACGAGAAAAAGAAGGAAACCAUCGGUCGUCGCCGGCUCGUGUUUCAACGCGACGUGGUGGCGAUAGACGACCAAGGUGCCUCCUUUGCAAAGAAAAAAGAGGAACUUUUUUUUACAAGAAAGACGAAAGUCGUUCGACAAACACUAACGGAAGAAGAGGAUAGAAUGAAAGAAGAAGAAGAAGAAACGGUCUCGCGCGAACGAUUGUUACGACGCGGAAGACGAACAGCGCCUUCAACGGCCGCCGCCGAGCAAAACGUAGAGUGGAACUUUGCGUCGUCGGCGUUUGGGAAAGAGCCGAAGGAGUACGGGGAGGAAAUUUCUUCGAAACGAGCGAGGCGGAAACGUAGCGAUGGAAGUGUUGGUGGGAGAAUGAAGGAUUACUUCAACGCCGUGAAUGAAGACGCGACUGCAUCGCAACAGUUUUACGUCGUUUUAGAAGAAGGCGUAACGGAUACGAAGAGAGCGGAACAAAUCUUGCGCAAAAACAGAGGCGGAUUCGUGAAAGAUUCGAAUGGAUUUCCAGUUAUUGUUGGAGGUAAAAGCGGUGGGUACCUUGCGUUUGGACCUCCGGAAGCGGCUUUUGAGGUUUCAAAAGCUGCAGCGUGGGUCGACGCGUGGACGCCGGAACUUAGUUUAGACGCCUCGUUCGACGUCGUCGAUGCAGUCAUCGAGGUGGAGACGGAGAGAGCGAAGACGAGCGAAGGAACAGAAGAAGCAAAGGGAGAAACGUGGGGCAGUGAGAAGCGUCUGAAGUCACUUUUCAAGGAAAUUGGCUUGGAAGCGAGGGAGAAUAGAAUCGGUGAGAGCGUCAAUUCCUUGCGCGUCGACGUUACGCGACUAGGUAACGCCAAGGACGACAAAGUAUUCGCAAAAUAUGCGAGCGAGGAAGUAAUAGCAAUCUUAAUCGAAAAGGGAAUCAAUGUUCUAGUCGAUGACGAGUCUUACGAGCUCGGACCAAACGUCACUAUGGGAGCGAAACAUAGCAGACGCAACGUCGUCUUUGAUCCAGACGGUGGUUUUUUCAACUUGCGAAAUAUUCCCACGACGCAAUUAGCCGACGCCGCAAGAUUUAUAGCCGCACUUCCAUUUAUAGUGCGUGUAGCACCGAUGUAUGCGCGAAAGACGUCGAAUAGGAACGCCAAGGGUAUAAUCCAAGGGUCGAUUUGGAAAAGCGGGAUUACCACGAUGGUGGCGACCCCUAUUUGGAGCAAAGGCAAUUUGCUCGGGGAUUCAGUCAUUGUUGGUGUUGGCGAUACUGGAGCGGAUCGAAACAGUUGCUAUCUCGCGGGGAAUAACAAGUUUAAACAUUAUAUUACAGAGUAUGGAAACGGAGAGGACGAAGAUGGUCAUGGCACGCAUGUGGCUGCUUCAGUCGCGGGAUACUCGACCAUUGAUACCGCAAUUUACGACGGCAUGGCAACCUCAGCCCAAAUUGCAUUUUUUGAUCUUGCCUACACAGAUGAGUUUGGAGAUAUUGUCAUGACGGCGACGCCAAAUAUGGGAUCUACGUAUUAUCAAGUUGCUUACGAUGCUGGAGCGAGAAUCCAUUCAGAUAGUUGGGGAUACGACGUUUAUGAGUACGAAAGUGAGACGACACAGAUAGACGAAUACGCUCGAAAUACGCCGAAAUUUCUUCCGUUUUUUGCCGCAGGUAACAGCGGUGACUACGGUUUAUCUUCAGUUACGACGCCAGCGGGAGGGAAAAAUAUACUAUCGAUCGGGGCGUCGCUUACUCCAAGUUCAUACAUGACUGCAAACAUAGCCGCCGGUACGGAAUAUUACAACGUAAAUAUUGCCAGCGAUACACACUUUUCGCAUUUGAAAAUUAUUUUACUACAAGCGGCAGAUUUCGGAUCGGAUUGGGACAGCACGUCAAAAGCGUACGCAACUGUGGCUCGAUCUGUUAUCCACGCAACCCCGGAAGAGGGUUGCGCAGCUUUAAGUAACGCCGUGUACACGGAUGCCAUCGUGCUUGUAAAACGCGGGACGUGUUCGUUCGAACUCAAGGCGCGCAACGCAUACACUGCUGGUGCAAAAGGUAUACUGAUUUACAAUUACGAGUACGAUACCAAUUUACAAAACGGGUAUAAAAUUCACAUGAGUCGAGAUGAAGCUGCUUAUCCUCUUGCUUUCACCUCAGCCGCGGUGGGGUUCAUCACACAUCGCGAUGGAUUGAUCUUGAAGGCGUUGUCGGAGCGUUCUACUGGUAUCAAAGUUACAUUUUCCAGGUAUACCAGGACAAAUAUGGAUUUAGGUUUUGAAGAUGUAGCCUCGUUCUCGUCUUCGGGGCCGUUUGGUUCGGAUAACGAUGAUUUGCGAAUUAAGCCAGAUAUUAUUGCGCCGGGAGAUAGUAUUACAUCGGCAUAUAUCAACAGCGUGUGCGGGACGGCUACAAUAUCCGGAACUUCAAUGGCAUGCCCCAUAGCAGCUGGCGGGACAGCACUUGUGCAAGAAUAUUUUGAGAAGGGAUACUACCCAGGUGGAAUUGCGGGCUCGAGUGCGAGUUAUGCACCGUCUGGAUCACUCAUGAAAGCUAUUGUCAUUAACGGGGCAAUGGCCAUGACCGGUAUCGACGAAGAAUAUCAAGAACCACUUGAGCAACCUCCUUCGUUCAAGCAGGGAUGGGGAAGACUCAAUCUCACGAAUUCCCUCCACUUUGACGAUAUACCGGAAUCCCCAAAGGCCAUGUACAUCCACGAUAACAAGAUAUUGUCGGCAUCAAAUGAUUACGAGGAUGGUUUUUGUUUAGAGGUGAACCCCUACGCCGCCAAGUUCGAGCUCCGCGUGACGUUGGUUUGGGCCGACGUCGCUGAUGAACGACUCGUGAACGAUCUCGAUUUAGAGUUACACUUUGGAUCAAACUUUAUAGGUAUGUCCAAAAUCCUUCCUCUGGAUGGUUUGGAGGAUCAUAUGAAUAACGUCGAAAGAAUUAUUCACUCGAAUCCUCAGCAAGGUAGGUAUUGGAUCAAAGUGAAGAAAUAUGGAAACUUUGGCUCUGGAAAUGGGAGUAUUCAAAAUUAUGCCGUCGUUGCUACGGGGACGUUUACGCAUUUGGAAGACAGGACGUAUGACAGUUGCUCUCUGGACAAUCCACCGCCACCACCGUCUCCACCUCCCUCGAGUCCUCCGUCUCCACCGCCUUCCCCUCCUCCACCUCCGCCGUCACCGCCGCCGCCAAGUCCGAAGCCGUCACCUCCUCCGAGCCCACCGCCAGACUCGUCUAAACCAUCACCUCCUCCGCCUCCGCCAAUCGCGAAAGUUUCAGGUCGUGCGUAUGCGAGCGGAUAUCUCUCGAAGUGUACCGUGUAUCUCGAUACUAAUAAGAAUGGCGAACGAGAUUUCACGCUUGACCCGCAAACAACAACAGACGAGUUCGGUGCUUUUACGCUCUCUCCAACGGUUAGUUAUUCAGUAGCAUCGACGAUAUUGAUUGCCGAUACCAGCAGCACGUCAUGUACAGAUGCCUAUACGAAACGAACGAGCGCACUUUCAAUAUUAAAAGCACCUCCGGGUUCGACAAUGCUAUCGCCACUGUCGACAAUUUUGGUCGCGAUGAUGGCGAAAAUAGGCAGUUAUCCUCGGGUGUCUGCUUAUGAUCAAAUGAAGACUGCAUUUGGAUGGGAUAAUACGCAAGUGGACCUGCUCGAUAGAGAUUCUUUAGCUGAAGCGCAAAAUGACGUUAUUGAGGAAUACGUGCACGUUGCCACGACGAACGUGAAUUUGGCGAAUCUGAUUGCUUCGACUUCGAGAAUGAUUUGUGGCAUAAAGUCCAACACAGCUUUGUCUACGUGCGAGGCAUACGCCGUCAAGGCGAUCGCAGAACGUGUAAUUGCGCAAUAUGGACGCAUUGAAAGUAACAGGGCCAUGAAUUCUCGUCGUCGGCUGAACGAGCUUAUGCGAACUGAUUUGCUAGACUUCUACAACGCCGAAGUCAUUGCGGAUGUUGUCUCAGAUGCGUUGGAAGUCGCGCAGAAUGCAGGAAACGUGGAGUAUGAUGGAUCGGAAGUUUUGCAAGGCGUUGCGACGAUGGCAGCGGCAGUUGCAAAUGCCGCAACGGUACUUUUAGACUUGAAAGAUUCUAUUGCUAGUGGAUCAUCGAUCGAUGAUUUCUUAGCGAGUAUCGCGGCGGUUGCUACUGUGUCACAGUCGCCCUCUUUACUUUCCGAGAUUGAAGAGUUAUCGCACAGUGGAGAGGCUUCGAUAAGUUCUACUGGUCCUUUAGCAAGUGCAAGCUCCUCAAAGACAUCGUACUACGAUGCUUUUGAAACUACCAAAGCGGAUAUAGACUGGGAUUUGACGUAUAGUUUCCCUCCUCCGAAUCCGUCACCGCCUCCACCGCCAUCGCCUGGACCAGCACCGCUGACACUUACUGAUGUUGCCAAGUCUGCGAGUCCCGCAGCUUUGGCUGGUGCGGUACUUUCCGUCGUGUUCAUAUUCCUUAUCCUUUGCUUCAGGCGCAAAAUAGCGCGAUGCUGCUCACCAGAGGCCAAACGUCUGGAAAAUCAAGCAAACGUAGGUGUUCCUGUUGCCGUCCAUCGCACGUUACCCGGACACCGAUCACGACCGGCGCCCGUAAUAUGGCAGCUUGAUGAUGAAGAAGGAGAUGAACAGCAACGCGUGACGGGACAAAUGCAACCGCUCUCUCCGGAAGCAACGGUAAGUCUGCGCGAUCGAUACGCAAGCGGUAUUACCAAUUCGCAGGGCGAAUUUCUCAGGGCAAUACCGACUCAGCCUCCUGUACGAAAUGAACGAGAGGCAACGAGAGAUCCAGGAAUUUGGUACCCGGACGACGAUGGCGACAACGAAUCGCGCAUGAUUCCGACCAUAGUCGACGCCGAAGCAGAAGUGCUUCGUCUAGAAAAUUUUAGGCGCCAGUUGGCCACACAAGGACGCACCUUUCCGGGAGGAGGUGCUAACGAAAAUGAAGAUAUCACCGUAGUUGAGCAUAGAUGA